CUGGCCCGGCUCUCAGGCCAUCAUGGCGUCUCCCAGUGGGAAGGGAGCCCGGGCGCCUGAGGCUCCAGGCUGCGGGCCGCGGCUGCUCACCCGGGACCUAGUGGACUCCGUGGACGACGCGGAGGGGCUGUACGUGGCGGUCGAGCGGUGUCCCCUAUGCAACACCACCCGCCGGAGGCUGACCUGCGCCAAGUGCGUCCAGAGCGGCGAUUUUGUCUACUUCGACGGCCGCGACCGGGAGAGGUUUAUUGAUAAGAAGAAAAGGUUAAGCCAACUUAAGAGCAAGCAAGAAGAAUUUCAGAAAGAAGUAUUAAAAGCUGUGGAAGGAAAAUGGAUAACAGAUCAAUUGAGAUGGAAAAUAAUGUCUUGCAAGAUGAGGAUUGAACAGCUGAAACAAACGAUAUGUAAAGGAAAUGAAGAAAUGAAGAAAAAUUCUGAAGGCCUUCUCAAAAACCAGGAAGAGAACCAGAAACUUUACAGUCGAGCACAACGGCACCAACAGAAAAAGGAGAAGAUUCAGAGGCACAACCGCAAACUUGGUGACCUGGUAGAAAAAAAAAUGAUUGACUUACGAAGUCAUUAUGAACAUCUGUCAAAUCUUCGGCGCUCCCACAUACUAGAGCUCACCUCUGUCAUUUUCCCAAUUGACGAAGUGAAGACUGCUGUGAGAGAUCCUGCAGAUGUGUCUUCAGAGAGUGACAAUGCCAUGACCUCCAGCACCGUGAGCAAGCUAGCUGAAGCCCGCAGGACGACUUACCUUUCUGGCCGAUGGAUCUGUGAUGAUCACAAUGGUGAUACCAGCAUAAGCAUCACAGGGCCUUGGAUUAGUCUCCCUAACAAUGGGGAUUACUCUGCCUACUACAAUUGGGUGGAAGAGAAAAAAACAACCCAGGGUCCUGACAUGGAACAUAAUAACCCUGCCUACACCAUCAGUGCUGCGCUGUGCUAUGCCACUCAGCUGGUCAACAUUUUGUCUCAUAUGCUUGAUGUCAAUCUUCCCAAAAAACUGUGUAACAGUGAAUUUUGUGGAGAAAAUCUCAGCAAACAGAAAUUUACUCGAGCAGUGAAGAAGUUGAAUACAAAUAUUCUUUACCUUUGUUUUUCUCAGCAUGUAAAUUUGGAUCAGUUGCAACCAGUACACACCCUCAGGAAUCUAAUGUACCUGGUCAGUUCAAGCUCUGAACACCUGGGCAGGUCAGGACCCUUUGAAGUCCGAGCAGACCUGGAGGAGUCCAUGGAGUUUGUGGAUCCUGGAGUCGCUGGAGAAUCAGACGAGAGUGGAGAUGAGCACAUAAGUGAUGAGGAAACUGACCUGGGCACAGACUGGGAGAACCUGCCAAGCCCCCGGUUUUGUGACAUCCCUUCCCAGCCCGUGGAAGUCUCUCAGAGCCAGAGUACCCAGGUGUCACCACCCAUCGUGAGCAGCAGUGCAGGUGGGAUGAUCUCCUCUGCCGCAGCCUCAGUGACCUCCUGGUUCAAAGCUUACACUGGGCACCGUUAGUGAGCAUACACCAAAACAUGCCAGAUUUGCUUCACAAAAGCGCUCCCGCUGCACUUAGUAAACCUUGUCCAUUGUAGUUAAUGACAGUGCCUGGAACAAAAACAGAGGUUAAACCAUUGUUUGUUUUAAGCAGGGAGAUAAGCAUUUCUCCUUGUCAGGUGGCCUGUGAUGGACAGUAGUAGAGAGGGGCACAAAAGUCCUCUGCCCACACCAGUAUUGGUGGAAGAAAGGCCUGUGCUUGUGGCCAGUGUGUUGAGGAAAUGCUCCCAGACCCUCCCUGGGCCCAGGCCCCACAGACCCCAUGACGUGUUGGUCCUUCUGACGGUGAGACUCUUCCUGACACCAAGCUUCAGAGGUUGGUUGAGUCGUAAGAAGUGAUUCUUGACGAUGAGGACUUGAAAGAAAAAACUGUUUACUUUUCUGCCAUUGUUUUUUGUACAGAGAGCCAGCAGUAAUUUUAAGUAUUUGAUUUCUUUAUAAUGUGGUCAUUUCUGGUUUUUAGAGCCAGGAUUUGAGUCUCAUUAAGGAGGGGUGGUCUUUUUCAGGGGAAGGAGUAGUUUAAAACUUGUUUCAUUUGUGUUGCUCUGUGGAAGCUCAUCACAUUCCUGUUUUUCUUCCCUCACACACCAAAGAAACUAAGGUCUUUUUUUCUGAGGACCCACAUCCACAGAUGGAAGAAGUCCUAGCUGCAAUAAUGUUUUAGAGAUGUUUAAACUAUUUUCUUGUAUUCUGAGGAGAUUUAAGCUCAUUCUUACCUAGGUUAUUGAAUUUCUACCAUCAAAAUCCACACUAGGUGCAUUUUGAAAUGGAACUUAUUUUCUACAAGUGGAAAUAGGCCAUUGAGUGCAUUCCCUUGUGGGAGCUAAAUACCUGCCCGGACACAGAGGAAAGCCACUUAACUAAGUGGCCAGCUUCUUCCUGGGAGAUUUAGGAGGUAGCAGGUUUUCCAGGGAAAUUCUCCCUGCUGGUCUCUCUUUACUCUGGGACACUACUUUGGGCAGAAGGCAGAGCAUCCUUACAGCUGGUACAACUCUUCUCUAUCCCCGGGAAACACUGAUAGAGCUUUCCCUCAUCAAGGGAUCAUUUUCAGCUACCCUGUCUUGUCAUUCUCUUAGUGACAAUCUUAUAGAAAACUAUUAGAGAGGCAUUAUGUACAAAUAUGUAAGUAGUUUUUUUUAUUUUUAAUAACUGAAAAAAAUCCUGUGU